AUCCACCCGGUAGCCCCCACUGUCUCCAGGAAGUGCAAGCGCAGGUCGCCAAGAGACACACCUGCAGCAAUUAUACCUGCGAACUCUGCGAUGCCACAUCGUCGACAGGCUCGCCCCUUUCUUCUUUCUCAUUCGAAGCGAUUCAUGGACACUUUCUUCCUCAUCCUAUGACACUCCUUUACCCCCACAAUGGUGUCAAGCAUCAAACAGCGAUUCCUGGUGACCCUUUGGCUGAUCACACCUGCCAACGAUGACGGGCCGGUGCACGCACCUCGGAAGCACGGGCGACGGUUGCUGCAGAGCGAUGUUUCCUUCUCGGGCUCCUUAGUCGCCGGCACUUCUGGGGUCCUUGCACCACUGGGCGAAGAUCAGAGUCGGCUCGAGCUCAUCGUGACCCUCGGCCCUCUGUCACUACCUCCUCUGGCGUUGUCACACCUUGUCCUUGCACACCGCACUCUCCCCCCUCCCUGUUCCUCCCUUUUCGUUUCCUUCUGUAUAGAUCGCUUUCAAUAUUUAGGUCGUUUCGAAUGUCACUCUUUCUGAACUCCCUCUGAGAUCUCCUCGUCUGAUUCUGGCAUGACACUGAUUGCUUUCUUCCUAGU